UAAAUUAAUUUGUUUCAUUCAACUUUUAAAUUUAACAGUAAGUUUUAAUAUCCAAUUUCUUUGAAGGAUUUAUAAAAUAUAUAUUAAGUUUGUUAUACAUUUUUCACAUUAAAUUAUAUUUUCUUAUAAUAAAGAAUUUUAUUUUAUAAUAUUAAAUCAAGUAUAAAAAAACUCCGUUUCCGUAAAUAAAGUGUUUAUCCCAUGUCAUACACCAAUAUAUUAUUAAAAUGCAACUGAGACGCUCGAAAUAGAAUGAACGGCGAACGUCCAAAAAUACCUUACGCUUCUGCUUAGUCGUCGAUGUCCAGGCGUUCCGGUUAACAGUAGUGUUUCGAUAAAAAUUUCAUUAAAAAAUAUCCCGUCUUUUUUGGUUAUCGUGUUGAAUUUAUCGCAAUUAAAAUUACAAAGAUCCUUCUAAAGGAAAAGAAGAAGAGAGAUGUCUAAGAUAGAGAAAUCAGAUCUCCCAGCCGGCGGAGACGCACCUCCUAUUGAAGCAAUGAAGAUCGACUGUGCUAACAAUACAGUCACAGUUAUCGAAGUGAAAAACACCGAUGUAAUGCUGGAAGAUGCUGAUGCAUCCGCAAAAGAAGUUGUAAAAGAGGUAUUAAAUGCACGGACUGAAAAAGACGAGCAAACGGUAGAAGCGAUAAAUAACGCGGCCAUACCUAAUGAAGAAGAAGUCAUUGGUCCAGAUGCACAUACUCCAGAGACUACUGAUGUAAUCGCAGAAAUCGCUCAUGUAACCGCGGAGAACGAUGUAGAACAAAUCGAGGCGCAAAGGUCUGUUGAAGAAUCUAAUGAUUUUUCUGCAAUAACUCUUCAAAACGAAGAAACGCCGCAGUCGAAAUCUGCCAGUAAAGAAAAGUCCGACACGUCGAAGCAGAAUGCAAGUGGUAACAAUGCGACGUGCAUAUCCAGAUUGGAAGCGGAAGUGCGGGUGAGGAAAUCUUUUGGAAACGCAGACUAUCCAGAAAAAAUCGAAUCACCUCGGCUUGAAGUUAACGAAAAAAGAACAAAGGAGUGCGAUAGUUAUCGAAAGAAGUUGGAAGACACGGAAUCGAAACUGGUCGCCUUGCAAGAAUCCUAUGACACGAUAAUAAAUCACAGCAACGACGAGGAUACUCUGCAACAAUCGGUGGAGCAAUUACGCGGACAAUUGGUGCAGACGGCAUUGAUGUACGAGGAACGCAAUCGCAUGGUUGCGAAUCAGGAGAAUCAGAUCAAUGCUCUGAACAAUCAGGUGACCUCGUUGAAGGAAGUGGUAUCGAUCACGCGAGAUCUACUGCAGAUCCGUAACAUGGAGGUGAAACAACUGCAAGCUGAAGUCGAUAAUAUGGAGAAGAAGAUCUCCGAGGAACGCGAUCGGCAUAACGAGAUGAUUAGCAAAAUGGAUGCAGCGAUGCGACUCAACGCCGAUCUCAAGAAGGAGUAUGAAACCCAAUUAUCUCUGUUUCAAAGUUUACGUGAAAAAUAUGGCGAGAAAAUUACUCUAUUGUCCAAGGAAAAACAAGCCCUCGAAAUGGCCGCCUCUGCACCUGAAUGAAAAUAACUCUUUUGUACGAUCUCAACAACAUUAAUAGUUAACAAUUUAUACAUUUUUUCAUUUUCUGUUAUCUUAUGUGUAUUAAUAAAAACAAUUUUUUUUCGUUACCGUGCGUGGGGUUUUUCCAAUAGUAUAAUAAUCACAAUCAUUUCCGUCAAUAUUCCAAGAUCUAAUCUUCCAUGAAUAAGCUUGCAUCUUAGCAAUUUGCGUAGUAAUAGAUAUACAAAUAUUGCAAAUAUUACAUCAUACAUGCAAAAAGUAAACUAUGCAAAGUCGUAUACAAUCUACAUCUUAAUUAACGAACAAAUUGAAAUUCAAAUUAACUUUGAAGAAAUUAACUCACAAUCAGAAUUAAUUAAUUUAAAAUAAUUUUUAAGAGUUAAUUUCAAAGCACUAAGUUCUUCGAAAUUAAAAUGCUACUAUUUUAUUUUCGAUAUUAUACUUUUCUCAAUAUUAAUUAAUACAUACUUAAUUAAUAUUGUAUACAGUAUAAUUACAUUUCUGAGAAAAAAAUAAGAGCAUAAAUGAGAUUGAGCAUUGAAAACAAGAGUCUAUAUACUCAGGUUACUUUUAUUAUUAGAUCAUUUGAUUCAUAUUCUGUUAAAUAAUAAAAUUGUCAUUUAUUUCAUAAGUUCUGCGUCAUUGUCGAGUCAAAAGAGCAUUACGCAGAUGUGGAUAGUACAGAGAAAUGAUUUAGCAAUAAAAGUUAUAUAAAACUGUUAUCAAUUAAUGAAAAAAUGUUAUUGCCAACAUUAUAAAAAGCAGCUCGAAAAAUUUACUCAUAAUUUGUGUUGAAAGUGGCCACUGACGGGUGAAGUCCCAAAUAUUACUUGAGAUAAUAAAACAUUACUUUUAUACAUAAGUAAUAUACGAAAUGCAAAGAAAGAUGAAGACAUUGACGAUAUGCUUAUUUGUAUUUUGUCUUGUGACAGUAUCCUCGAAACCAUGGAGAUUUAGUGAUGCUGCUCAACUUAGGAGGUUUUACUUGCAGCACAACAUCGCACAAGUCGACAAAAAUAACAUUGUGCCACCAGAAAUUGAAAUUACACCAAUUAACAACUUAAUAGAUAAGUCUGAAUCAAUCCCGAUAGAAAGUCAAGUCAAAUAGUGAUUAAUCGACUAUUGAACAAAUUAUAGCGAAGAGAUGUCAAAUACAAGUAGUUGUAGUAAUUAG